CCACAUUCUCCCAACCUCCAGUCAACAUGGCGCACCAACAAGCCCAAAGACAAGGGAAAGGGCAGGGCCCGGUGGAACCUCCCACAGCCGACCUCUACGGCGAGCGCGCCGUCCAGCGCGAAAUGCUUCGCUACCAACAAGACAACGGCUACCCGUGCGUGCUCUACCGGCGCGGCGAGCUGCACAUAAGAGAAACUCCAGAGUACCGAGCGCUGCGCAGGAAAUGGCGACCCCCCAUUCCCGGCCCCCUCUGGAAAAACCACUUCACCAACCCGUUCUACGGCGCCAACCAGAUGUACGAGAUCAUUCCCUUUUCGCGCCGGGGCAUGCCGGCCAAUCCUGGCCAGAACCCUAACCAGGCUGCUGCACCGGGGCCGCAGGUGGGCGACAGGUUUAAAGUGCAGCAGCCUCAGCAUGUCCAGGAGGCGAUUGCGAGGACGAGGCAGUUUUUGGAGUCCAACUCGGAUUUUCGGAUUAAGAAGGUGCUUGGUUGGGGUGGUAUGGGCGCGGUGUUGCUGGCUGAGUUGAGACAGCCGAGGGAAGGGCAGUCGCAGAACGUGGUGGUCAAGAUGAACUUGCUCGAGAAGGGUAGAGAACAUUUUAGGCAGGAGAAGCAAAAUCAUAUUCGGGUGGCCAGGGCCGCGCACGUGGUUCAGUGUGUCGUGGUGGAGGACAGGCAGGACAACAAAGAAGGACCGGGUAUAAACAGGAUUGCACCACCAGCGGCACCGGCAAUAAAGAGGAAGUACGCUGGCGAUGCUGCGGAUGCGUCCUUUCAGGUCGCCAAGAGGACACGUCUGACGACAGGUGAAGAGGAGAAAGCCCCGGGCGGUGAAAGGCCGGUAGCUGCGGCGCCAGCUUCAGGAGAGUCGCCCAGACGAGCACUUCGCGGUCCUCUUGCAAGGGCUAUCUUCGACCGAGCGAGAGAGGCCCUAAACCUUAAAGGGGCAAAUAAACGACGCACCGACGGAAACCACGACAUCAACACACAUCCAGACUUGCUCGUCAUUGAGCCGAUGUGGCGUGGUGACUUCGACUUGUGGGUAAGGAAGAUGGCCCACUCGGGAGAGCAGUUUCAUUCUAAAGUGCUUUGGUUGAUCUUUGAGUGCUUGUUCAAGGGCGUUCUCGCUAUGGCUCACCCCCCUCGGCACUAUCAUGAGUAUAGGGAAACUGGAGGAAGGACGGGCCCCAUUAUGGAAGAGCGACUGCCAGAUAGAGAGGAUUUGAUCAACUUUGAUAGGGAUGCCUUUAUACACUUUGACUUAGAUCUAGCGAAUAUCCUUGUCGGAGAUUUCAACGUGCCCACUCGAGAUUCGCAUUCGAUAACGCCAAAUAUCAAGAUAGCUGAUCUUGGUCUGGGUACGAACAUGGCCACUGAGAAAAAUGAUUUCUUCAAGAUGUGGGGGUCAAGAUUCUGCGGCAAGCCAUCGGCGGGCUGGCUCUCACCGGAGCAAUUUCACCCCGAAUGGGACCACAUCAAGUACACGCCAUCGUCAGCCACCAACUUCACUCCUACCAUCGCCGGUAAUUACAGUUGGAAAACGAACCUGUACUGGAUCGGUCAGGUUAUGUGGUGUCUCGUAACGCUCCACAAGCCCUCUAGAAUGCCGUUUCCGUACUGGAUCAGUGACUCAAGACCUCCAGGCCGCCGUCGGGGUCGAGUUGGAAAGGAAGGUAGAUUCUGGUCCUGGGGUGGUCUCGUCAAUCAUAGGAGGUACGAUCACAUUGACGAGGACCUCCGUGCCGCCAUUGUCUUGUGCAUGGCCGACAGUCCAGCCAUGCGGCCUGAGGCAAAAGAGCUGUGGGAUUGGAUCCACGAGAAGACGACGUCUGAAUGGGAAGGUUUGGCGGAAGAUGAGGCCCGUCAGUGGGCUGCAACAUUCUUCGAAUCACCAGGAAUCCCGGGUCCAACAAGGCCAGGCGUCUUUGAGCAGCCAGGGGGAGACAGAGAGGAGAUUCCGGCAAAGAACACAAGACCUCCUUGGGGCAAGAUACCCGAGUUGGCUGGUGUAUCGCCCAGUAAACAGGCCAUGAACACCUUCGACUUCACUUUCAAGGUCCCCGGAAAGUGGCCCAAGCUCCUCCAGUCCAGCAAGCCCGUCAAAGUUAAGAAGAAACCAGCGUUUCCGAGACCACCAAAGGCCGCAGAGAAGACUCCGAACCUUGAUCCUCAACAGGCCGCACCGAACCCUCCGAAUCCUGCUCCUCAACAGGCCGAAGAGACCCCCAAAAAAGGUCCUUUUGGGCGUCCACGCAGAAAGUCCAGUGGGGUGAAAGCGGAACAAAUAAAGGCAGCCGUUAAAGCCGUUGAAGCCAACCCAGUUCCACAAGAAAAAGUUGUUCCCGAUUCCCAAGACCCUGCCCAAGAAGCAACCGUACGACCCGCAGCGCCAGUAGCUCAAACCCCAGCAGCGGGAGCACCACCAAAGCGACCAAGUCCAAAGGAACGCAUUCAAGCAGCAUUAGAGGCAACCGCAGCGGAGCCCGCACCGGCACCUGUAAUCCCGCGGCUACCACCGCCCAAGGCCGGGACCAACGCGGUAGCCGGACGAGUCCGCACCUUCGUCGUGCCCUCCGACUCCACCGCGGUAACCAGCUCGACCGCAGCCGCAGCCGCAGCCGCAACCGCAAUAGCACAAGCGACAUCGAGAGCACGAGCGGCACGAGCGGCACGAGAGGGAGCGCCAUCACCUCCCACCAACAAACGGCUCACAGCACUCGGGCCAGGCGUUCGUCUCCUUCCCCAUACAAAAUCCGGCGCCAUUCAGGGUACGCCCCUACAACCGAAUCCUCCUCGUAAGCAAGUGAACUACCAGACUCCCCCUCCGAUCGCUGCAGAUGCCGUGGUGCCCUUCCUGCCUCGGGAAUUGGGAACGUUCCGAGGAAAGCCGAUUGGUCGCGGAGCGGCAGCUCAGAGGCAGAGAAAGCCGGGCGGGAUGUAUCGGCCGCCUCAGCAGAAUCAGCCGCUACAGGAGAAUCGGCCGCCUCAACAGAAUUGGUUGCCACAGCAGGCUCAAGGACCACAACAGCCUCAGCCUCAACAACCACCGCCACAACAGCCCCAACUCAAACUCCCAACAGCAUUCAUCUUGCCCAAUAACCGACCAGGCGGAUCGGCACUACUACCCCAAAGACCACCAGGACCGCCAACACCACUCGUACGCAGACUAAACCCCGUCAACCGCAAAGUCGGUGCUCAAUACGACAUCGGGGCGCGGCGGAAGAAUAUUCUCUUGAGGGGCCCAAGCCGCUUGCAACAAGCCUGGACGCCGCGGGACCUGGCCGAAGGAGGCAAAGCCGGAAGGGCAGGGAGCGGUUUGUUUGCUGGAUUGAAGCUGCGACGUAGACCGGCAGCGGAACAGGCUGGGGUUCCAGAGGCAAUACAGGAGGAACCUGAGGAGGAAGAGGAGGGGGCCGGAGAGGCUGCGCAGGCUAGGCAAGGACCUGGGUCAGGGCAACCUGAACAAGAGCUUACAUCAUCGAUACCACAAAGGGGGCCUAGUGCGCUCAUAGUUGGUUGGGAACACUUGAAGGAAGAGCCAGAAGUCCCGUUGUCUCCACGUGAGCUAGAGGAACGCCGGCUCGAGUUUGAACGGUAUAAGGCAAGGAACUUGUUAUUCGACGGCAGCAUACUCGGCGUAAAUUGGGAUGAUGAGGACUCGAGUGAUUCGGACGUAGAGAUGGGAAGUACUGGUGGUGAGAGGGAGGACGAAAGUCAAGACGCUAUGGUGAUGUCCGGAGAACCCAGUACCAUCGGCAGGUUUGGAAGUUUCUUUUUCCGGUUUGGUGGCUUUGGACGAGGAGGAUCGAAGUCAUAAGAAGGUUGGUGUUGAAGGUUGGGAGUUUGGGUGGGUGUUUUUGUGUUUUAA